GCCAGGCUGAAUUGACGGCGGGGGUGGGGAGAGCUGGGAGCUGUCAGCGGAGCGGGUCUGGCUCGUGCUCCCGGCCGGAUUCCGAGCCUGGAAUCUGGGCGGAUUUAACUCGCUGGCAAAGAGCAAUCCCGGCGCUCCCGGAGCGGCCUCUUUUGUAGAAGCACCUGAGAUGCUGGGUCUGGUGCUCUAAACGGUAGCGGCAGCAGCAGCCACAGCAAGCUGGGGCCCUGUGUAGAAGUUCCAUCCCCUUGUCUUUGUGCCCGGCUGCUUCCCCAGACUCAGAGGCAGAUUAUCUUAGAAGAUCUAGGAUUCUGAAAUGUUUCCCCUGAAAGAUGCUGAAAUGGGUGCGUUUACAUUCUUUGCCUCCGCUCUGCCACAUGAUGUUUGCGGAAGUAAUGGGCUUCCUCUUACACCAAAUUCCAUCAAAAUUUUGGGUCGAUUUCAAAUCCUUAAGACCAUCACUCAUCCCAGGCUUUGCCAGUAUGUGGAUAUUUCUAGGGGAAAGCAUGAGAGACUGGUGGUGGUAGCAGAACACUGUGAGCGGAGUCUAGAAGACUUGCUUCGAGAGAGGAAGCCCGUGAGCUAUUCAAAGGUUUUGUGCAUAGCACUUGAGGUACUUCAGGGUUUGCAGUAUAUGAACAAACAUGGUAUAGUACACCGGGCACUUUCUCCUCAUAAUAUUCUUUUGGACCGAAAGGGACAUGUUAAAUUGGCUAAAUUUGGACUUUAUCACAUGACAGCUCAUGGUGACGAUGUUGAUUUCCCAAUUGGGUAUCCAUCAUACUUGGCCCCUGAGGUAAUUGCACAAGGAAUUUUCAAAAGCACUGAUCAUAUGCCAAGUGAAAAACCAUUGCCUUCUGGCCCCAAAUCAGAUGUGUGGUCUCUUGGAAUCAUUUUAUUUGAGCUUUGUGUGGGAAGAAAAUUAUUUCAAAGCUUGGAUAUUUCUGAAAGACUUAAAUUUUUGCUUACAUUAGAUUGCGUAGAUGACACUAUAAUAGUUCUGGCUGAAGAACAUGGUUGUCUGGACAUUAUAAAGGACCUUCCUGAAAAUGUGAUAGAUCUUUUGAAGAAAUGUCUCACCUUCCACCCUUCCAAGAGGCCAACUGCAGAUGAAUUAAUGCAGGACAAGAUAUUCAGUGAAGUGUCACCUUUAUAUACUCCCUUUACCAAACCUGCCAGUCUGUUUUCAUCUUCUCUGAGAUGUGCAGAUUUAACUCUGCCCGAGGAUAUCAGCCAGAUGUGCAAAGAUAUAAACAGUGAUUACCUGGCAGAAAGAUCUAUUGAAGAAGUAUAUUACCUUUGGUGUUUAGCUGGAGGUGACUUGGAGAAAGAGCUUGUCAACAAGGAAAUCAUUCGAUCCAAACCACCUAUCUGCACACUUCCCAACUUUCUCUUUGAAGAUGGUGAAAGCUUCGGGCAAGGGCGAGAUAGAAGCUCACUGCUGGAUGACACCACUGUGACGUUGUCAUUAUGCCAGCUAAGAAAUAGAUUAAAAGAUGUUGGUGGAGAAGCAUUUUACCCACUACUUGAAGAUGACCAGGCUAAUUUACCUCAUUCAAACAGCAGUAAUGAGUUGUCUGCCGCCGCCACUCUGCCUUUAAUCAUCCGAGAGAGGGACACGGAGUACCAACUAAACAGAAUCAUUCUCUUUGACAGGCUGCUAAAGGCUUAUCCAUAUAAAAAAAAUCAAAUCUGGAAAGAAGCACGAGUUGACAUUCCUCCUCUUAUGAGAGGUUUAACCUGGGCUGCUCUUCUAGGAGUUGAGGGGGCUAUUCAUGCCAAGUAUGAUGCAAUUGAUAAAGACACUCCAAUUCCUACAGAUAGACAAAUUGAAGUGGAUAUUCCUCGGUGUCAUCAGUAUGAUGAACUGCUGUCAUCACCAGAAGGUCAUGCAAAAUUUAGGCGUGUAUUAAAAGCCUGGGUCGUCUCUCAUCCUGAUCUUGUGUAUUGGCAAGGUCUUGAUUCACUUUGUGCUCCAUUCCUAUAUUUAAAUUUCAAUAAUGAAGCCUUGGCUUAUGCGUGUAUGUCUGCUUUUAUCCCCAAAUACCUGUAUAACUUUUUCUUGAAAGACAACUCACAUGUAAUACAAGAGUAUCUGACUGUGUUCUCUCAGAUGAUUGCUUUCCAUGAUCCAGAGCUGAGCAAUCAUCUCAAUGAGAUUGGAUUUAUUCCAGAUCUGUAUGCCAUCCCUUGGUUUCUCACCAUGUUCACUCAUGUAUUUCCACUGCACAAAAUUUUCCACCUCUGGGAUACUUUACUCCUUGGGAAUUCCUCUUUCCCAUUCUGUAUUGGAGUAGCCAUUCUCCAGCAGCUGCGAGACCGGCUUUUGGCUAAUGGCUUUAAUGAGUGCAUUCUUCUCUUCUCUGAUUUACCAGAAAUUGACAUUGAACGCUGUGUGCGAGAAUCAAUCAAUCUCUUUUGUUGGACUCCUAAAAGUGCUACUUACAGACAGCAUGCUCAGCCUCCAAAGCCAACUUCUGAUAGCAGUGGAGUCAGAAGCUCAACACUUUUCUCCACUGAGUGUCCAGAUCCUCCAAAAACAGAUUUGUCAAGAGAAUCCAUCCCAUUAAAUGACUUAAAGUCAGAAGUAUCACCCCGGAUUUCAGCAGAGGACCUGAUUGACUUGUGUGAACUCACAGUGACAGGCCAUUUCAAAACACCCACCAAGAAGACAAAGUCCAGUAAACCAAAGCUCCUGGUAGUUGACAUCCGGAAUAGUGAAGAUUUUAUUCGGGGUCAUAUUUCAGGCAGCAUCAACAUUCCAUUCAGUGCUGCGUUCACUGCAGAAGGGGAGCUUACUCAGGGCCCUUUCACUGCUGUGCUCCAGAGCUUCAAAGGGAAAGUCAUUGUCAUCGUGGGGCAUGUGGCAAAGCACACAGCAGAGUUUGCAGCUCAUCUUGUGAAGAUGAAAUAUCCAAGAAUCUGUAUCCUAGAUGGCGGCAUCAAUAAGAUCAAGCCAACAGGCCUCCUCACUGUCCCGUCUCCUCAAAUAUGAAGAGAAGAACCAGGAGUGUGAUUGUCAAAAGGACAGAGUGAUACCAGCCCCCAACAGCACAACUCUUCACAGUCUUUCCACUCGACAGAACUAGACUUCCAGAUUGUUGCGUUUCCAUGAAGUUUUGUCAUGAAACAUUUUUUUUUAAUCUCAUAACCCACAUGCUCAACUACCCAGGCAAAAAACUUGACUGUACAUGUCUUGCUGAAAGAAUUUUCUUAACAGUGAAAUCCGAUCAUGUAUUUUUACCACAGUGCAGCGCAAAGCCAGAGGAAUUCAGCUGACAAGGCAGAUUUAGCAUUAUCAAGAAAUCUCAAUUGCACUGAAAAAGCUGUCUCCCAUUGCACUGAACAGACAGAUCUAACAAAGGUAUUAUUUAGAAACAUGGACUGAAUGGGGGUUACGGUCAUCUUUCCAUGGUAAUGAAAAGUAAAAAGCUAUUUGCAAUAUAUUCCUUAUAAGUAAAUGCUAUAUUUCGUAACUACUUUUUGGCCCAGA